AUGUAUCCCAAAGCGGCAGGUUUUGUUGCGUGGUGGAAUCGUAAAGAAGUUCGUGGCACCGUUUUCCCUGCGGUGUCUACCUUGCAUGAAGGCCUACGUGAUUACUACGGACAUACUACCUAUGCCGUCGAAUCGUUCCAUAACUCAUUGUAUCACCUAAUCAAGAAGCGGCAAAGCAUUGUUGACAACUUUCGCUGCGUGCUAAAGUACGUCGAUAACGAUGAAAAAGCAAUCGGUCAUUUCUUACGAGGCGUCACAUCCUACUACGGCCUAAACAUGUCACGCGGAAGAGAAAAAGUAUCGACGAAAAAACGUGUUCGCAGUAAGCGAAAGACGGUUGACAGGUACGAAAACGACGGUCGUGCUCCCGACACCGCUCAGAUGUUGAAAAAGGCAAACCGGAAGAACUGGAAGUGUACUGCUGAAGUCAGCGAUUGUGGUACCGGAGGAGACAAUAGCAGCAGCAGUGAAGACGGUGAUAAAUGGCCUAUAUAUGACAAAAUUGCGCCACGUGAUAUACAAGAUAGCGACUAG